AUGGUGAUAAUACACAGUCUUCUUCUUCUGCUGCUGGCGGCCAUUGUGCCUGUCUUUGCUGAGAGCGGCAUUGAUGCCUGGUUGCGAUACGCUCGUCUUCCAUCGUCUGCGACGAAAGGCCAUCUCAAUUCUUUCCCAGACAGCAUCGUCGUCCUCAACGCCACUAAGAACGGACCCCUGGCGAGUGCUUCGUCAGAGCUUCAGAAGGGCAUCAAGGGCAUUCUAGGUCUUGAUCUGGAUGUCAGCUCCGGCGGAGGAAAGUAUUGCUCUGCGCAGAAGAGCAUUGUCAUUUCCACUCUCGACACGUACCGGUCCGCCUGUGGCAGCAAGCUCUCACCGAGGCCGAGCCUCAAGGAUGACGGAUACUGGCUGAGCACCAAGGGAGGGUCAGUCCAGAUCCUCGGCCAGAAUGAACGGGGCGCUCUCUACGGCGCGUUUCAGUAUCUCUCGCUCCUCGGCCAGGGAGACUUUUCGGACAAGGCGUAUGCUUCGAACCCAAGCGCGCCUGUUCGAUGGUCCAAUCAGUGGGACAACCUCAAUGCGGCAACGGCAGCCCAUGGAAGCAUCGAAAGGGGCUAUGGAGGACCGUCCAUCUUCUUCGAGAACGGGCUCGUCAAGGAGGAUCUCUCUCGAGUCCCGCUCUACGGCCGUCUGCUGGCCUCGGUCGGCCUCAACGGCGUCAUCAUCAACAACGUCAAUGCCGACGCCAAUCUCCUCAACGAGACGAACCUCCUCGGCCUCAAGAGAAUUGCCGACCUGUUCCGGCCGUGGGGGGUCAAUGUCGGCAUCUCACUCAACUUUGCAUCGCCGCAGGUUCUCGGAAACUUGUCCACGUUUGACCCUCUGGAUGAAACCGUCAUCAAGUGGUGGACGGACAAGACAGACAGAAUCUACCAGCUCGUGCCGGAUCUGGCCGGCUAUCUGGUCAAGGCCAACUCCGAGGGCCAGCCGGGGCCCCUGACGUACAACCGCACUCUGGCAGAGGGUGCCAACCUGUUUGCAAAGGCCGUGCAGCCUCACGGCGGCAUCGUCGUCUUCCGGGCCUUUGUCUACGACCAGCUCAACGAGACGGACUGGAAGGCCGACCGAGCCAAUGCCGCCGUCGACUUCUUCAAGGAUCUGGAUGGUCAGUUUGACGACAACGUCCUGGUCCAGAUCAAGUACGGCCCCAUCGACUUCCAGGUCCGAGAGCCUGCUUCUGCCCUCUUUGCCAACCUGCCCAAGACGGCCGUGUCCAUCGAGCUGGAAGUCACUCAGGAGUAUCUCGGCCAGCAGUCGCACCUGGUCUAUCUGCCGCCUCUAUGGCAGACCGUACUAGGCUUCGACAUGCGAUACAACAACCGCCAGUCGUAUGUUCGCGACAUUAUAUCCGGCGAGGUGUUCAACCACAAGCUCGGCGGAUAUGCUGGCGUCAUCAACGUCGGCAUGGAUGAUACAUGGAUAGGCAGUCACUUGGCCAUGUCCAACAUGUUUGCGUAUGGACGGCUUGCCUGGAACCCGAAAGCAGACUCUCGAGACAUUGUCGAGGAAUGGACUCGUUUGACGUUUGGCCUGGACCGAGAUGUCGUCUCGACCAUUGCCGACAUGUCCCUCAAGUCGUGGCCCGCGUACGAGGGAUACAGCGGCAACCUUGGCAUCCAGACGCUGACCGACAUCCUUUACACUCACUAUGGCGCCAAUCCUGCCUCUCAGGACAACAACGGCUGGGGCCAGUGGACGCGUGCCGACGCCAAAACCAUUGGAAUGGACCGCACUGUUUCCAACGGCACGGGCAACGCCGGGCAGUACCCCAAGGAGGUCGCCGACCGGUUUGAGCACACCCAGACCACCCCUGACGACUUGAUGCUCUGGUUCCAUCACGUUCCGUACACCUUCAGGCUGCACUCUGGCAAGUCCGUCAUCCAGCACUUCUACGACGCUCACUACACCGGCGCUGCGACGGUACAAAAAUUCCCAGCGGAUUGGAGGUCGCUCAAGAGCAAGAUUGACGCCGAGAGGUACAAUGCCGUCUUGUACAAGCUGCAGUAUCAGGCUGGCCACUCGCUCGUUUGGCGUGACGGCAUCAGUGAGUUUUAUCGAAACCUGUCGAGCAUCCCGGACCAGCUUAACCGCGUCCGUAACCAUCCACACCGGAUCGAAGCCGAAGACAUGGAUCUUUCGGGCUUCACGACCGUCAAUGUCUCCCCUACCGAGUGCGCGUCCAAGUACAAGGCGAUUGCUACCAACGGGACAGGUACGGCCACGACGAGACUAAACGUCCCGAGCGGUAAGUAUACAGUUGCCGUCAACUACUACGACGUGAUAAACGGAACUGCUAGCUACGAUGUGCUGCUGAAUGGCAAGUCUGUCGGCACGUGGAAGGGUGACUCGGAGAAUCAUCUUGGUCAUGAUUUCAGCACGUUUCUUGACUGCCACUCGGCUAUUCGCAUUACGUUUGAGGGAGUCAAAAUCUCGAGGGGAGACAAGCUGACUAUCAAGGGGACCGGGGAUGCUCAGGAGCAGGCGGCGAUAGACUAUGUGGCCAUCUUACCUCAGGGGGUGGUGGAUUAA